AUGUCCGAACAAAGCCCAAAAGAUGCAUUGGCUGAAGCCUUUGCUUCCGGCAUCCUCGAUUGCCUCCAAGACUUCUGGUUCUCUCACCUGGAAGAUGAAACACACAUCAUUGUGCCCAGUGCUAAAGAUAUCAAUGUGUGGUUUGUAGACAAGAGCGAAGAGUUUGAUGAAUCUUGCCGCGACAAAUUCGGCUCCGUACUCAAUCUCAUCUUGUCCCGUCAAUACAGCGCCAACGACAUCGUCGCAGCCACAAAUCCAGAUUCAGCACUUGAUUGGAUGUCUCUGAUCAUUCUCCUUGAUCAGAUGCCCAGGAACUGCUAUCGGGGCAUGGGAGCAGCAAAAGUGUUUAACUUUUUUGAUCCACUGGCUCUCGCGAUCGCAUUGAGAGCAAAGGAAUUAGGUAUACAUCAGAGACCGGAUGUGAGAUACAGAUUGGGAUAUAGACUUUGGUUGUUCAUGCCUUUCGAACAUGCAGAGGAUAUGCAAAUGCAGGAAGUGAUGAUCGAGGAGCAGAAGGAAAGGUUCCAGGAUGUGGAAAUGUUGAUGCAUGGGGAAGUUGAUAAAGAAGAUGUGAUUACGGCGUCCUGGAGAGAGGUUUUGAUGCGGAAGAUAGAGGAGUUUGGUGCGCUGAGGAGCAUCUUGCAAAAGGCGGUUGAUGAGCAUUAUGCUGCUAUCAGAAAGUUUGGAAGGUUUCCGUAUAGGAAUGUAGCGUUGGGACGAUCGUCUAGUCAGGAGGAGCAGGCUUUUCUUGAUACGAUGUAG